GAUACAAAAUUUUCUCUGACGAAAAUGACAAAGCAGCAGAGUAGUAUUUAUUUAUUUCGUAGUCAAUCUCGCUAAGUGAAGACUAGCGACAGAGUUCAGUUAUUCGAUUUUGUAGUUUGGUGCUAAACUGUAUACAGUAAUGCUUUUGUGUUGCUGUUAAGUGCCGUGGAAAAUGGGUAAAACUGGCUUGUUUGUGGUAAGCAAUCCAAGUAGGAUCAGACGUUUUUUACCAGUUAUUCAAAAACACGUGCAGAAUACACUUUAUGUGCAGUUCACGCCCAGCCGUAGCAACCUGGUUCCAAGUAGCUCACAGAAAAAUGAAACCUUUUUGACGCCACCCCACCACAGUCAAACAGUUAUAAAAUUAUAUUCACAGACAGCUGUUUCAAACCAUAAUUUGGAUGUGAGAGUGCUUCUUUCUGCGUUCAGAGAUCCAUUGUUGUCCAGUAUAAGUACAAGAAAAAAAAUCGAAGUUGUCUUUUUUGACCGUACAUAUAAUAAUGAUGAAGUGCAUCGAUUUGUGAAAUCCUGUUUAUCAAAUGUAACACAAUCAUGUGAAAUAGUUACUUUAAACGAUGCGAGCACAAAUGAUAAAGAAGACGAAGAGGUUGAGAGCCCAAGAGAUAAUUUCUACGUUAAAACAUCACAGCAUAAUAUUAUGAAUAAUAAGACAUUAAAGGUGUAUGAUAAUGUUGUUCUUGGAGGAACGUUUGACCGACUGCACUUGGGACACCGCAUCAUUCUUAGCGAGGCUGUGCUACAUUGCACUAAAAGAAUCACAGUUGGUGUGACGGAUACCCCAAUGUUGCAGUCUAAAAAGCUCUGGGAGCUGAUUGCACCAUGCUGUAAAAGAAUGAGCUCUGUCGAAGACUUUCUGAAUGAUGUGGAACCAAACCUGGAGUAUAACGUUGUGCCUAUAACGGACCCGUAUGGCCCCACAAGGACAGAUCCAACAUUACAGAUGAUCGUUGUUAGUGCAGAAACUUACAAAGGUGGCUUAAAAGUCAAUGAUUUACGAAGAGAGAAUGGAUUAUCACAAUUAGACAUACACACAGUUGAACUAUUGGAACCAUUGUGUGGAGUAAGCCAUCCAGAAGAAGAGUUAAAAAUAAGCUCAAGCAAUGAAAGGAUGAGACUUCUAGGGACACAGCUGAAACCACCUGAGCCAAAUCCACUCAUACCAAAUCACCCAUACAUUAUUGGACUCACUGGCAAUAUUGCUAGUGGAAAAUCAUCAGUAGCAGGAAGGCUAGAGAAACUUGGAGCAGGUGUAAUUGUAUGUGAUAAACUAGCACAUGAGCUAUAUUGUAAAGGUGGACCUUGCUACGAUGGAAUGAGACAGUUGUUUGGAGAUGGCAUUCUAGACAGUCAAGGUGAAGUGGAUCGAAAAGCUGUGGGUUCUAUUGUGUUUAAUGACAAGGAAAAAUUACAAUCAUUGAAUGAACUGUUGUGGCCUGCCAUGCUCAUUGUUAUUAAAGAAAGAGCUCAAGAAAUGUACAGAGCUGGAAAAGAAGUUGUCAUCGUUGAAGCAGCAGUUCUUUUACAGGCCAAUUGGGAUAAACAUUGUCAUGAAGUAUGGACUUGUUUGAUUAGUCCUGAAGAGUCUGUGAAGAGAUUGCAGUCACGCAAUAAUUUAAGUGAAUCUGAUGCCAAGGCCAGGCUCAGUAACCAGACAGCCAACACAGAACUGGUUGAAAAGUCAAACGUUGUUUUCUGUACAUUAUGGAGUCCUGAAUUUACCCAGGUUCAGGUUAAUAAAGCAUGGACUCAGUUACAACAAUUCCUGCAUGGAGAUGCUAAACAAUGAAAUAGAUUAGAAAACACUGUAGGUUUGAUAUUUUUUCUUAGAAUGUGGAUACACAAAUAGUUCAUGAACAUAGAUUUUUAUUGUAUGUUGAAGGCAGCGUAUUACCAGACAACAUUUUUUUUUGCAACGUGCUAUAUAGUGGCAGUUAUCAUCCAGUUGAGUUUGAUGGAACAUUCCUUUGUUAAUGGGUUAUUAGAGUUUUGCAUACUCCUUGCAACAGUGUUGUAUAUGUUUUGAAUUUUUGUGAGUGGAAAUAUGUACAUAAUGAUCUCAGAUCCACACAUUUAUUUUGCAUGACAUUGCAUGAAGUAGCCAUGGAAUUUUCCCACGUCAGCUACAGUAAAACCGUAUUCCAUUCACUCUGAAUUUUCCUUUUACUUUUAUAAGAAAUAUAAUGUUUUAUGCUGAAACUUAUUUUGUGUUAAGUCUCCUUUCUCUAUCACUUAAGAGGUUUUUAUUCAAUUUUUUUCAUUCAGAACUGUUUUAAUAAAGUUAUAAAUUUUUAAGCCUGUUACUAUAGCAGUGUCUUUACAAUUUAUAAGGUGCUCGGUAUAUCCGUAUCACUUAUUUAUGUACAGUAUAAAUUCUAUUUUACACAGUCCACAUCAGUGUCACCAAAGAACGUUCAUUGUUGAAUAUGUGUUUCUUGAGCUAGAUUUUUAAUUGAGCACAACUUUAUUGUAUUUUCCAAUUGUUGCUAUAUUGUACAAUGUAUAUGCAUGCCAGUGUUCAUAAUUGUUAAGAUUUGAAGAAAAUUGCGUACUUUAACCCAAAACACACAGAAAAUGUUUGUACUUAUUAUUUUGUUGUUGAGAACUGAUACAUACAUUUAAUGGAUCUUUUAUACAGUGACUAUUUCAUAACCAUGUCAACAUUGCAGUGAAUACUGUAUCAUCAUUUGUAA